CCUCGACAAAUAGUACACACAUGUGCCAACCUGAAAGCUGAGCGGUUUCGGACGGAAAAAGCGUCGAACAGGAAAAUCCAUACCAACGAAUCCCUGGACAAGUGAUGAAGUCAUGAGACCGACAUUCGAUCGACGCCUCUGGAUAUUAUUGUUCAUUAUUUCAGUACAAUGUACCACCUACACACAACCACAGAAUAUCAACGCCAAGUCGGUGCAGAAAACACAGCCCUCCGAGCGUCGGGAAGCCAUCAGCAGGAGCAGCAGCAGUCCCAGUUGGCCGAGCAGCAUAUCAGCCGAGUUGGCCGACAACGAUGCAGUUGACCACCGCGGCGGUGGUAAGCCGGCAAAAUGCGCCAAAAACUGCCAGAAGGCCAGGGCCAAGUGGGCCAAGUGGCGUGGUGCGCUGAAGCUGAAGCCACAUCACCAGGCCCACCGCGCUGCGUUGCACAAGGAGGCCAGGCAAAGGCAGCGCCGCGAAACGGAGGAGGAGGAACUGGACUCCCUGCUCCACGCAGCCAGCUCGACCAGCACCUCCACAGCCGUGGCCACCACAGUGCAGGCCAUCAGCACGAGUUCCCUGGCCACCGGCCGCAGUUCUUCGUUCCACAACGAAACCAAGGCCAAGCGGCCGCGGUCCACGCUCCAUUUGGCGCCCGAGGACAUGCAGCCCAAGCCCAAGGAGCCGGUGAUCAUCAUCGACGAUGUGGAGGAGUUCGACAGCGGCACCAGCACCAGCGACUUGAUUGCCCGCAAGAGCCGCGAGGAGGCGGAGCAGCAGGAGGAGGAGGACGAGGAGGGUCCGGUAGAGCCCAGGGUCCUGCCCCUGCGGCCAGUGCCGCCCAAUCCCUACGAGGCCGAGGAGAUGUCCGUCGUCUACGCGGAGCAGCACUCCGAGAUCAAGCUGAUGUGCGAGGUGGACCUGGACAUUGCCACCAGCAUGUGGUACAAGAAUGGCCAGGUGGUCCACGCCAUGGACCGCACCGCCCGCGUCACCGACUACCGCUUUAUUAAGGAGGCUAAUGGCGCGCUAACCAUCACCAACGUCAUGCUCGAGGACGACGGCAAGUGGCAAUGCGAAGCGGAGAACACGAGGCGCUACACGGAGAACGCGCGACCCGUCAAGCUGGUCGUCCUCGAUCGCCCCAAGCCGCCGUAUCUGCUGAUCGACUCCCGCCGCCUGGACGCCAGCAACCUGUUCGUACCCGUCAAGGAGAACUCCGAGCUGAACCUGGCCUGCGUGAGCGAGGGCGGCAACCCGCGACCCUCGCUCACCUGGGAGGUCCUGCUCAGUCCCGGCGUCGACCGGCAUGCCCAAAAGGUGUCCGCCGAGGUCCUGGAGCUGGAGGAGAUCAAGGGCGAGAAGGUCGACAAAGACGGCUACAAAAUCAACAGUGGCGCGAAGAGCGAGGCCCGAUUACCAGCGGUCUACAGGGCCCAUCACAACGCUCGGAUCCUGUGCGUCAUGGAACAUCCCACGCUGAAGAUUCGCCAAAACGCCUCGCUUCUGCUGGAUGUGCAAUACACGCCCUCCUUCGCCAUAUCCCGCACACCUGGCUUCGGCUAUCCGCUGCGCGAGGGCAUCGAAGUCAGCCUCAAGUGCGACGUAGACUCCAAUCCCCCGAGCACUCCGCGCUGGCAGAAGGACGACGGUGACACGCCGGUGCCGCAAACGGGCGAUGGUUUCCUCAACUUCACAUCGAUAAGGCGCGAGCAUUCCGGCUGGUACAAGUGCACGUCCCGGCACCUCAACUUUCAGUACUCGUCGAUUGGCUAUUACCUCAGCGUGCGAUUCGAUUCGGUGGAUGUGACCUCGGAGCCGGAUGAUCAGGAUGUUUCCGUGGCAGCUGCCUCGCACAAUCCCAACAAGGGCCAGCUGGAAGUGCAGUUGGGCGGAGCGGUAACCCUGCAGUGUCCUCAAGGCUCCCUCGGCUGCUGGUCGCACUUGGACCCCAUUUCGGCCCGGUUGCGUGGCCUUGGCUAUGGCAGCAGCCAGCCAACGGGCCAGUUCUCCCUGAAGGACGUCAUGUACCAGGACGCGGGCAUGUACAAGUGUGUGGGCCAAUCGCCCACCAACAAGAAGAAGCUGGAGGUCCUGCAGAGCGUCACGGUCUCCGUGAAGGGCGCCCCCACAGUAACGGCCUUGAAUGCCACGCCCAUCGCCUACCCGGGAUCGCCGCUGCACCUCAACGUGGAGUUCUGCGCCAAUCCGCCGGCUCAUGCCGCCCGUUGGUUGCACGGAGAUCGGGUUUUCACGCCCGGAAAUCAGUAUGGCAGCACGGUGCUGGCCUACGCGGUGAAGGAUCUGCCCACGCCAUACUGCAAGGAGGCGCGACUGACCUACGUCAGCAUGCACGAGAGGGUUCCGAGGACCUUCUACUUCGUAGUCUCCACGCCAGGUGGCGUUGCCGAGGCCGUUUUCAAUGUGAACUUUACCAAGCGCCAUCGGCAGCUGUCGAACUCCAUCGACGACGACGACGAGGAGGAGGAGCUGAAUCGACCAGAGCAGAUCCACUUCCCCGUCUUUAAUAGCAGUCCCGCCAAUGGGCGUGGCUGGGGCCCCGUCUGGUUGAUUUUGGCCCUGGUUUUAGCCCCGAUAUUUAGUAACAGUCAUUAGAUUAAGGCAGCAUCGUGUGUGCGAAAGGGAGUUGAAUGAAUGAUUUCUUUGGGAGUGACUGAGACGCGUUUACUACACCGAAUGUUCUAUGUAAUCUAACCCCCUAUGGCUAGGCAUAUGUAUGGAUUUACCCAAUUACUCGACAUUACCACGUGGACUAUGCUACACAACUACUACUCUAUAUAGCAAUACGUAUGUGCAUCUGUAACCGAUUUAGCCAAGCAUCAAAAUUGCCCUAGGCUAAGAUCCCAGGCCCAUCAGUAUCCUAACAAAAAAAAAACACUCUUCUAGAACCCCAAAAGGUAUCGACUCUUUAACCCUAAGCUCUUCGAAUAUUUUUACUGUAACCCCUAGAUGUAACGGUAACUAUAACUGUAACUGUAACCCUAUCGCUGUAUGUCAAUGUGUAUGAGUGUGCGCUUAACUUAAAUGCCAAAGCCAGAUAUCGUAAGGAAAAGUUUACAAUUCUUUGGAAAAAACAUUGUUAAAAGUUGAUUAUUACGAAUACUUUAAGUUCCUUUUCGAUAAAAAAAGAGAGAUCGAGAAAGUGACUGAUUUUGUUAAAUAUUUUGAAAAUGUUUAGAACUAAAAGCACGAGGAGAAGAACCUAUAGUUUAAAAUUGUACAUGAAGACGAGAACGACGAAGUAAUACUUACCAGGCACGAACAAAUUCCUUCCAUUUGAAAAGUUUGCCCCCGAGCAAAAGAAACUGUAAGAUAUUUUGGGAAAUGAAAUUAAGCGAAUGAUCAAAAGAGUUUUAACCUAAAGUAAUUGGGUUCUAUUAAGCAUUUAAUCGCACCUUAUCGUUUCUUAUGAUUUUCCAAUCGUUUGAAAGGACCAAAAACAAAUCGU